AUGUUAGAUUAUCAUCAAGAUUAUCAUAAAAAGAGAUGUAGAAAUGUGGGUGCUUUAAGAAUUGCUUAUAAGCGUUUGAGAGCACUCAUAUUAACCGGGAGAAGACGACGAAUGUAUCACUCUAUACAAUCGUCAAACCUUGUAAGGCCACUAAACUCUCCGUUCAUUCAGUUUGAAGGGUUGGUAAAUGGACUUGCAGAAAAAGCGCAAGGAAUCGAUAGAAAAUCGAAUAUUACACAGCCUGGACGACUUUUAGAAAACGUUAUUUCGGCCGAUGGUCUCUCUCGCUGUCGUGAUAAAUAUCAUUAUACAACAAUCAGACAACGAAUGUGGGUGGCUUCAGCUGCCCGGUUGAUGUUGUGGUAA